GAUGGGGAUGACCGCUCUCUCGGGCUUCUCUCUGCUCGUUGGCUCGUGGUCGUUAGUGGAGCUGGUGCCGCUAGUGGUCGUCAUCCGUGUUGGUUAGCGCCUACUAUCGUUAACCGUCGUGUCGAUCAGUGUCGAUUCGUGCGUAUCAAGAGGUGCUAGAGAGAGGUAUCUCGUCGAGGAAGCUGUUAAGUCACGUGAUCGCGGAUACCAGUAUACUCGAAGAUAUGGCGGACAAGGAAGAGACCGAGAAGACCAUCGCCGAGGACUUGGUUGUCACCAAGUAUAAAAUGGCCGGCGAGAUCGUGAACCGAGUAUUGAAACAAGUUUUAAACAAAUGUAUUGCUGGAGCUUCUGUGAGAGAGAUAUGUGAGUUUGGUGACAAAAUACUUACUGAGGAAACCAGUAAGGUCUUUAAAAAGGAGAAAGAGCUUAAAAAGGGGAUUGCUUUUCCAACGUGCAUAUCAGUCAACAAUUGCAUUUGUCAUUUCUCUCCUAUUGCUAGUGAACCUGAUCUCAUUCUCAAAGAUGAAGACAUGGUUAAAGUUGAUCUUGGAGCACAUGUCGAUGGUUUCAUAGCUGUAGUGGCACAUACUAUUGUCAUAGGAUCUUUACCAGAGAAGAAAGUGACAGGCAGAAAAGCCGAUGUAGUUUUAGCUGCACACUAUGCUUCUCAAGCUGCAUUACGGCUUUUAAAGCCAGGUACAGAGACUUACACGAUAACGGGCACUGUAGAAAAAAUAUGUGAUGCCUAUAAGUGUAAACCAAUCGAAGGUAUGCUAAGUCAUCAGUUAAAACAAUUUAAGAUCGAUGGAGAAAAAACAAUAAUCCAGAAUCCAAACGAUGCACAAAAGAAGGAGCAUGAAAAGUAUACUCUCGAGACUCAUGAGGUAUAUGCAAUGGAUGUACUAGUUAGCACAGGUGAAGGAAUAGGAAGGGAACAGGACACUCGGGUUACAAUAUACAAGAAGACAGAGGAGACAUAUCAGCUUAAACUGAAAGCGUCUCGCAUGUUUUAUUCGGAAGUCUCCCAUAAGCAUGGUCUUAUGCCCUUCAACUUACGUACCUUCGAAGAUGAGAAAAAAGCAAAAAUGGCUGUAGUUGAAUGUGUAAAUCAUAGGUUGAUCGAGCCAUUCCAAGUUCUCUAUGAAAAACCAAACGAGUACGCGGCACAAUUCAAAUUUACGGUACUCUUAAUGCCUAACGGACCUCAUAGAAUUACAGGAAUUCCUUUUGACCUUGAUAUGUACCAGUCUGACUGUGUCGUGGACGAUCCUGAAUUGAAGAAUCUUUUGUAUUCCUCGGCAAAUCCGAAAUCGGCGAAAAAGAAGAAAAAGAAGGCCGAGAAAGCUGUAGGAGACGUUGCCAUGGAAGUUGAUGCUAAGGCCUAACAUUGUCAUUUUAACGCAUACCAUGACUUACCGGCAUCGUGCACUACUCCGAUUUUUUUUAUUUAGUGGUUCAAAGCGGCCGAGGCUGGACACUCUUUCGAUCACAGUUCAUUCAACAAUCAGCACAACCAUACCUUUAUCCAGAAACACAUUGCACAAAUUACAAUGCUGUGCUUCGUAUUAUCCCUGUAUGAAUUGUCGUAUACCCCUGUAUGAAUUGUCAGCAAUUACGUGUCUCUAGUACGCGCGCGCACGCGCACACACACACACACAUUUUUUUUCAUUCAUUCAUUCCCGAGAAAAGUGUCGAGCCUUGCUGUUCUACCGAGGAAAUUUGAAUUUUAUCACACAUUACGCCACAACUUUAUCAACGCUUAAGUUUUUAUACCAAACUAUCUUUUAAUCGACUAUGGUAUUACUAUACGCAAAUUGAUGAUUAUUCAUAUGACCAUUAUUUGCACAAUUGUAUAUUGCGUUUCAAUCUUUGAACUAACAUUUCGUACAUAACAAUCCUGUGUGAUCGUUUUCUGUGAAAUUAUAAUAUUUAGAUUGGGGCUGAACUGAGAGAAGUGAAUCGUAUGGAAAUUAAUGAUUAUUUUCGCUUUUCCAUAUAAUUGAUAAAUUAUAGAGCUCACCUAUUCGAUUUACAUUAAUGUGUAAUUUACAAUAUUUUAAAUACGAAAAUUUCAUUUUAUGGAUAGGCGAGUUGUAUAUUGUAACUUUUGAAUAUUUCCGAAAAAUACGAUUCCCUUUCAUGUUCAUUGCUAGUUCUGCGCAAUUUUAUAUCCAGUUACAAAAACUAUGCUAUAACGUUUAACUUCAAAUUGUAUAAUUGGAGGAAUGUCCACUCUUGGGCACUGCAUAAACAAUGAAAUGCCAAUGAUU